UUGCUAUGAACUUGAAAUCUUGGAGGCUCUGCCAGCAAUGAGAAGGAAGGCACAGAGAGCCAGGGCGAGAGAACACCUUAAUGCAAAUCAUCGAUCACUUACAUAUACAUUUUCUUUCAAUUAACAAUCUCAUCAAACAAUGCAAAACGAUUCACCAUCUCCACCAACUCCACGCCAACGCUAUCACCAAUGGCUUCCUCUCUCUUAAUUCUUCUUCUCAAAAAAUUUUGACCAAAAUUCUCUACUCCCUUAACGCCACUGCCACUUCUAAAUCAUCCACUUCUCUGUUGCAGUAUGCGGUCUCAGUAUUCAGUGCUAUCACUAACCCAUCACCUUUUUGCUACAAUCUUGUCAUUAGAGCCCACACCCUCCAUUCCUCUCCUCUCUCUGCCCUCCGGUUCUUUCUCCAGAUGCGCCGUUUCUCUAUUCCUCCUGAUUUCCACUCUUUCCCUUUUGUCUUCAAAGCUUGCUCACAGCUUCGCGUUUUUUUUUUGGCCAAUUCCCUUCAUUCUCAAGCUUUUAAAUUUGGGUUUAUGUCGGAUUUGUAUGUGGUAAACUCUCUCAUUCAUGUUUAUUCAGUUUCUGAUCGUUUAUGCGACGCUUAUCAGGUAUUUGAUGAAAGUCCUCGCAAAGAUGUUGUCUCUUACAAUGCAGUUAUUGAUGGGUUUGUUAAAGUUGGUGACGUGGAAAAAGCACGGAAACUAUUUGAUAGAAUGCCUGUGCGAGAUUCUGUGUCGUGGGGUACUAUUAUAUCGGGGUAUGCCCAAGGAAGCUAUUGUAAAGAGGCAAUUGAAUUAUUUAAUCUUAUGAUGGAUUUAAAGCUUAGACCUGAUAAUAUUGCACUGGUGUCUGUUCUUUCUGCUUGUGCGCAACUAGGUGAUCUGGAAAAAGGAAAGGAAGUUUAUUAUUAUAUUGAAAAAAAAAGGAUUUUAUUGGAUUCUUUUCUGUCAACUGCCUUGGUUGAUUUUUAUGCAAAGUGCGGGUGUAUUACCGCUGCUUUAAAGAUUUUUGAAUCGAGCCCUGAGAAGAGUUUGAUUACAUGGAACGCCAUGCUAGUUGGCAUUGCAAUGCAUGGUGAUGGCCAGCUAUUACUAAAGUACUUUUCAAGAAUGGUGGAGGCUGGGGUUAAACCUGAUGGAGUUAGCUUUUUAGGAGUUUUAGUAGGAUGUAGCCAUGGUGGUCUAGUAGAUGAAGCCAGGAAGCUUUUUGAUGAGAUGGAAUCUAUUUAUGGUGUCCCCAAAGAGCCCAAACAUUAUGGGUGUAUGGCCGAUUUGCUAGGGAGAGCAGGGUUGAUCAAAGAAGCUGUAGAGAUGAUAAAGAGUUUGCCUAUGGGUGGUGAUAUGUUUGCAUGGAGUGGUUUGCUAGGAGGGUGUAGGAUACAUGGGAAUAUUGAAAUUGCAGUGAAGGCAGCAAAGCAGGUAAUGGAAUUAAAACCUGAAGAUGGCGGGGUUUAUUCAAUCUUGGCUAAUGUGUAUGCCAAUGCAGAGCGAUGGGAAGAUGUAGUGAAGAUUAGGAGGUCAAUGAGUAGCAAUAGGAUAGUAAAGAAAAAUGCUGGUUAUAGCUUGAUUCAAUUAGAUGGAGUUAUACAUGAGUUUCUCGCAGGGGAUAGCUUACAUGCACAAAGUGAUGAGAUAUACUUGGUUUUAGAUGGAAUUAAGGAACAUCAAUGUUUUUAAGGCGAGGCAAAAAAUACUGUUAUACUAAUAGUAUGCUGC